CCCGCCAUGGCGCUGCUGGCCGGCUGCUGCCUGCUGCUGCUGCCGCUGCUGCCCCUGCUCGCCGCCGUGGAGGAAACGCUAAUGGACUCCACCACGGCGACGGCAGAGCUGGGCUGGACAGUGCAUCCUCCCUCAGGGUGGGAAGAGGUGAGUGGGUACGACGAGAACAUGAACACGAUCCGGACGUACCAGGUGUGCAAUGUCUUUGAGUCCAAUCAGAACAACUGGCUGCGGACCAAGUACAUACGGCGGAGAGGAGCUCACCGCAUUCACGUGGAGAUGAAAUUUUCCGUCCGGGACUGCAGCAGCAUCCCAAAUGUUCCCGGCUCCUGCAAGGAGACCUUCAAUCUCUACUACUUCGAAUCUGACUUUGACUCUGCCACCAAGACCUUUCCCAACUGGAUGGAGAACCCCUGGGCAAAGGUGGACACCAUCGCGGCCGAUGAGAGCUUCUCCCAGGUGGACCUGGGUGGCCGCGUGAUGAAGAUCAACACUGAGGUGCGCAGCUUCGGUCCGGUCUCCAAGAACGGAUUCUAUCUGGCGUUCCAGGACUAUGGGGGCUGCAUGUCCUUAAUUGCUGUCCGGGUCUUCUACCGCAAGUGCCCCCGAGUGAUCCAGAACGGGGCCGUGUUUCAGGAGACGCUCUCGGGAGCAGAGAGCACUUCGCUAGUGGCGGCCAGGGGGUCCUGCAUUACCAACGCAGAGGAGGUGGAUGUCCCCAUCAAGCUGUACUGCAAUGGGGAUGGGGAGUGGCUGGUGCCCAUUGGACGGUGCAUGUGCAAGGCUGGCUACGAAUCGGUGGAGAACGGGACUGUCUGCAGAGGCUGCCCAUCGGGGACGUUCAAGGCCAGCCAAGGGGAUGAAGGGUGCAUUCACUGCCCAAUUAACAGCAGGACAACUUCGGAAGGGGCCACCAACUGCGUGUGCCGAAAUGGAUAUUACCGGGCAGACUCCGACCCCCUGGAUAUGCCAUGCACCACCAUCCCGUCCGCCCCCCAGGCCGUGAUCUCCAGUGUGAACGAGACGUCGCUGAUGCUGGAGUGGACCCCACCCCGGGACGCCGGGGGCCGCGAGGAUCUGGUAUACAAUAUCAUCUGCAAGAGCUGCGGCUCAGGGCGCGGUGCCUGUACCCGCUGUGGGGACAACGUGCAGUUUUCCCCACGCCAGCUGGGCCUGACAGAGCCCCGCAUCUACAUCAGCGACCUACUGGCCCACACCCAGUACACCUUUGAGAUCCAGGCCGUGAAUGGGGUCACCGACCAGAGCCCCUUCUCCCCGCACUUUGCCUCCGUCAAUAUCACCACCAACCAGGCCGCCCCGUCUGCUGUAUCCAUCAUGCACCAGGUCAGCCGGACGGUGGACAGCAUUACCUUAUCCUGGUCUCAGCCUGACCAGCCCAACGGAGUCAUCCUGGAUUAUGAGCUGCAAUUCUUUGAGAAGGAUCUGAGUGAAUUCAAUGCCACAGCAGUGAAGAGCCCCACCAACACCAUGACUGUGCAGAACCUUAAAGCCGGCACCAUCUACGUCUUCCAGGUGCGGGCACGCACCGUGGCCGGCUACGGCCGCUACAGUGGCAAGAUGUACUUCCAGACCAUGACCGAAGCUGAGUACCAGACCAGCGUCCAGGAGAAGCUGCCACUCAUCAUCGGCUCCUCCGCAGCGGGUCUGGUGUUCCUCAUUGCCGUGGUCGUGAUCAUCAUUGUGUGCAACAGAAGACGGGGCUUCGAGCGAGCCGACUCUGAGUACACCGACAAGCUGCAGCACUAUACCAGUGGCCACAGUACGUACCGCGCACCCGUGCCUGGCCUGGGGGUCCAUUCCUUCUUCGUGACUCCUGGAAUGAAGAUUUACAUUGACCCCUUCACCUAUGAAGACCCCAAUGAGGCCGUCAGGGAAUUUGCAAAGGAAAUCGACAUCUCUUGUGUCAAAAUUGAGCAGGUGAUCGGAGCAGGGGAGUUUGGGGAAGUGUGCAGUGGGCACCUCAAGCUGCCUGGCAAGAGAGAGAUCUUUGUGGCCAUCAAAACACUGAAGUCGGGUUACACGGAGAAGCAGAGACGGGACUUCCUGAGCGAGGCCAGCAUCAUGGGGCAGUUCGACCACCCCAACGUUAUCCACCUGGAGGGGGUGGUCACCAAGAGCGCCCCUGUCAUGAUCAUCACCGAGUUCAUGGAGAAUGGCUCCCUGGACUCCUUCCUCCGGCAAAAUGAUGGGCAGUUCACAGUGAUCCAGCUGGUGGGCAUGCUGCGAGGCAUCGCCGCCGGCAUGAAGUACCUGGCCGACAUGAACUACGUGCACCGGGACCUGGCUGCCCGCAACAUCCUGGUCAACAGCAACCUGGUCUGCAAAGUGUCCGACUUCGGCCUGUCCCGCUUCCUGGAAGAUGACACCUCGGAUCCCACCUACACCAGCGCGCUGGGUGGGAAGAUCCCAAUCCGGUGGACGGCGCCCGAAGCAAUUCAGUAUAGGAAAUUCACCUCAGCCAGCGACGUGUGGAGCUAUGGCAUAGUCAUGUGGGAGGUGAUGUCCUAUGGGGAGCGGCCCUACUGGGAUAUGACCAAUCAAGAUGUGAUAAAUGCGAUAGAGCAGGAUUAUCGGCUGCCCCCUCCCAUGGACUGCCCCAACGCCUUGCACCAGCUAAUGCUCGACUGUUGGCAGAAGGACCGGAACCACAGGCCCAAAUUCGGGCAGAUUGUCAACACGUUAGACAAAAUGAUCCGAAACCCCAAUAGCCUGAAAGCCAUGGCACCCCUCUCCUCUGGGAUUAACCUCCCUUUACUGGACCGCACAAUCCCCGAUUACACCAGUUUCAACACAGUGGAUGAAUGGCUGGAUGCCAUCAAGAUGGGCCAGUACAAGGAGAGCUUUGCCAGUGCCGGCUUUACCACCUUUGACGUGGUGUCACAGAUGACCAUGGAGGACAUUCUGCGAGUCGGGGUCACUUUAGCAGGCCAUCAGAAGAAAAUUCUGAACAGUAUCCAAGUGAUGCGAGCACAGAUGAAUCAGAUCCAAUCUGUGGAGGUUUGAUGUUCACACGUCCUCACACUCCUCUUCCUCAAGGCCCUUCUCCCCUUUGCCCCUGUACGUCCAAGCUCCAGUUCUUGAGUGUUCUGCAUUCACCAGAGACAGGCAGCUGCUCUAAGGAUCGUGGCAACAGGAAGAAACAGCCUGACAACAAAAAGUUGCCAAGAGCUUCUAGAAUUUAAGCAAUGGAAAAAAGGGAACAAGGAAGACAAAUAUUUUGGGAAAACUAUGAAAUAUUUUUUAAAAAUAAUAAUAAUAAAGCAAUGGCAUUUUCGAAAAGGGCUCUGAGAUCCACAGGAGUCUCCAAAGGGAGAUAAAAGAGCAGAUCCUUUCAUUUCCUUCUUGCACAAGGCUGCUUCAGCAGGCUCAGACGCCUCUGGAGCAAAGAGACUUUGUCAAGGAGAUGAAAGCCAAGUGAAGACAUGGGAAGCGCUCCUCCUUUUCUCCCUUGGGAUGGUGACUCUGGGGACAUCCUGCAGCCAGCAGUCAUCCCCGAAAGCCCCCAGCUGGCAAAUCACAGGGGGAGAGAGAGUUGAGAAGUUCUUGCCUUGUAAUGGACCAAGCGCAUCUGUAAAGUGGCAAACUUUUGCAAAGCUGAAGAUUUUUGUAAAAUAAACAAACUGAGACAAGAAGAGUCUUCUUUUUUUCUGCAGAUGAGAAGGAACAUUGAACCCAUUGGGAGUGGGGGAUGGGGAAACCAAUCCUUUUUAGAGCUCUUAUUUUCUCUUGACAUGGAACGGUUUAGUGAGUGACGCGUUUUCCAGGGGUCUGCCCAUCCAGCCCUCCAAUGGCAUCAUUGUCUCAUACAUAUCAUAUGCACAAGACUUUUAGUGAUCACUUCACUAGUUGCCAAUGAACUUUUCUCAGAAGACUUCCCAAGUACAGUAUGUAGUAGUUUUUGAUUACAAAUGCUGACGUGUCCAUUUAUUUUUCUGUUGUCGUUGUUUGGAGAUUUGUCCUUUGACCUUGUUUGUUUACAACAAUUUGUGGCUUGGGGGAUGAAUUUUGUUUUUUGGUUGGUUGGGUUUUUUUAUGAAAAGGAACUGACAUUUCCCGGCUUCGUAUCUCUUAAGAACUUAAACCUUCUCCCUGUGUAAGGAGAAUUGCAGCUUAUCGACUAGACAAUAUGCCAAGGACAAGAUUUUUUAUAUUCAUGUUUCCUCCUCUUUGCUCGUUUGUUAUUUUGUAAUUUCCAUUGCCUGACAGCUGUUUAUAACUGCCGUGUGUCCAGCUGAAAUAAUCACCUGCCCAGCUGGGGCUGCUGCUGCAGGGCUGGGCAGGAUUAUGGAGGGGUUUGUGGAUGGGGAAAGAAGGGUCAUUCCACAGGUCAUGAUCAGAGCCCUUUGGAGACACAGGACUGCUUAGAGAGGUGAGAAACCAAGAGCUUUGCUGGUCCUACCAGCUGUGACAAAAGAAGAUGCGGUGCAUGCAGCAGAGAGAGGGAGCGGGAAUGCACUACGAGCAGCAGCCAGUAUCCUGGCAUAAGGUUUCUCAGAGUAGGGACGCUGCCACAGGCCAGGUGGUAAAUCAUUCACUGUGAUACCUAACGCCAUGCACUCAGAUGCUCAGCCCCCUGCCUCAGGAGGUGCUUCAUGUGCCAAAGGUUUCAUUCUCAGCUACCACAUCUGGGGGAGGCCAAAACAGCAAAAGCUGGUUGGCCAAGGGCGCCACAGCAGGCAGGUCCUUCCUCAGACCAAACUGGCCGACCAGUCAGUCAGGGGGUUUAUAAAGAACUGACAUAGAGGCUUUAGUUACGGAACAAACCCCCGGUAUGUGUACAUACCACUGGACAAAUCGUAGGCAGUGCAAGAGAGCAAAUGCUUGGAUUUGCUCUUGUAGCUUUCAACACCCUGUGUCCUGGGCAUGUGCGGUGUCACUUGGCAUUCCUCGGGCUGCACCCGGUGUCACCGUGUCAUUCGUACAGGAACACCUUUGCUGUGCAGUGGCACAGGGCCGUGAAGACUUGUUCGCAUGGAGCUGGUCUUGGUUAUUUUCCAGUGGCUAAAGCCAAAAGGGCAAAGCAUGUGCUGUGGAUAGAACCCUGUGUGCGGCUUACCCUUCUGCGCCAUGCAGGCUUGUACUGGAGUCUCUAUAAAAUUGUCAAGCCCUGUACAAAAUACUUAACGUUUUCCCCUUAAGAUUUGACCGGGAGACAAAACAUGGGCUGGGAGACAGGUCCCAAUGAGCUUUGGGUCACCCCUCUGCUUAGCUCUGUUCUCUCGGGGGUGUUCGGGGCACAGCUACUGCAGGAGGAGCCAGAACUGCCAAGUCUGCCUCUCAAGGGUCUGUUCAUCUGAAAUGUGUCUAGAUACUGGGCCUGGUUUUUACAUGGUCUGACGGCCAAACGGUCACUGGAAUUCUGGGCCCCUCUGUAACUGGGCCGUGCUGUGGACCGGGGGCCAUAGUUCUCAGUGACCUCUGUCAAUUCAGAGCAGCCACUCGGAAAUGAAUGGCCCUGCUCCAGAUUUCCCUGAGAGCAGAAUUUGGCCCAAUCUCUGAUGAUUGGGGUGAGACACAAGCAAUGGAAGCAGACUGAAGGAACGCCAGGUGUUCUGUAGGCUCCUGGGGUUCUCAGCUGGCUGCACUGCGUUGUGACAUGCAGUCAAGUCAGUCUUUAUGUGUGUAUUCAACCGAGGUGUGUGUAAACCGGCCGUGUGCUUAACAAGCACCGUACCUGAUAACGGUGUGGUCUAGCUUUACAGGACUGGCACGCGAGAGACAGUGGUGUCAGCUGGAGCGUUCCUAGUGUUUGCCGGGAGUGAGGGGGGGUACUGGGAAAAUGGAGGCCUCCCUACACAGUCUAUAAUAGAUGGGUGAGCAGAGCAGCGAAGAGAAAUGCUUUCAUGCCGCAUCUCUCUCUUCCACUGCAAAUGCUACAUUUUAACAUGGGAGAGCUCCUCAAUGUCGCCCAAAGGUACGGACGAGGGUGCUCGUGCUGAGCCGUGUAGCCAUCGCCAGCCAGCGGCUUUGUGCACAAGGAAAGCUUCUGAGCGCGAGGAGAACUGCCUCUGUAGAAAAUCCACCAGCAAAUUCCAGUGGGGCAACCAUCUGGAAUGAUCACAUGAUGCGCGUGCACUGUCUUUCCCAGACAGUGCUUGACUGUUCUGCGCCACCCAUUACAUGCUUCCAUGAACUGAGUAGGAGUCGUGGCCACACUGCAGCCCUCAGAGCCGGACAGGGCUCUGGGGAGACUUAUGAUCGUGUCCACUGGGCGACGUUCUGUCUUGAUGCACUAAACCUGCUCUUCACCAGCCAACGGGCGUUGCACACAUCUAACUGCCCAAUCCCACCCACUGUGAAAGAAGGGAUUGUACAGAGCAGUGGAGGCCGUAGUUGGCUGUGGCACCCACGUACAAGGCAGAAAGGUGCAGCUUCAUUUCUUCCUUGGACAAAAAUCACACAGUGUCAGUCCAGGAAGUGCAUGUUUUCUAGUCUGUUAAUACCAGGCUUCACUGUGACAGCUUAUCUGGAACUAGCAGAGAAUGAGCCAGAAAUGCACCACUUCUCUCUGCAGCUCUCCAGCUCUUCCUGAGGACGUGAGGUGCCGCUGUCCAAUGGUCCUCACCCUCCCUUUGCCUGGUAAUGCUUCUGGAGUUAGGGUCUGCUCCCAGGAAAGCAGAGAGCCACUGGGGUGACUUCCGAACAAUUGCAUUUCAUGGGUGUAAAACAUACUAUUAUGAAACAUUCUUCUAGUGGCAAAAAUCAGCUUCAUACAGAGAGCAGGUAACGAGUGAAAAAGUAAUGUGGACACUGUGACACAAUGUGGGGUGUGUGUCUGUGUGUGUGUGUUUUAACAAUUUCAUCUUGCUGAGUUUGUCAGUCAGCUUGUUUCAAUUUUGGCUGUUACCCUCCAGCUGUCCAGGCCAGCUUCCAGAUCUAGGGUUCUCUUCCUCCAGCUUCUCACAGUCCAUCUUCCGGCUGCUACAGCCCACCUUGCAUCAGUAAUAAUGGUGUCUGGCAGGAGAACUUAAGUUGGAAUUCCAAAGUUAUGUUGAAAAUAGCAAUAAAAAAGUCAAGCUAUGACCCACCUGUGGUGCAGAUCCCAUGACUGAGCAGCAAGGACCAGAAAGAGCAGGAUGGAGGGUGCUGGUGCCAGCGUACCAGAAUCCCAAGGGUGUCAUACGUAACAAGUAACUCAUAGCUUUCACCUCCAGCCCUGUAAGUAGAAUUAACGGCCAAGAUCUACUUUGGAGUAAAAGAAAAAUAAACUCGGAAGCACUUUCAUUAUAGUUCUGCCAUGAACACUUGCUUCCUCUCAGCCGCAGUGGAGGAUGGAGAUAUAGGGGCCGUUGGGGUUCGCCAUUCAGGGAUUCAUCUUUUUGUCUCAUGUCUCAAAGAUAAGAAACUGUGGGUCUCAAUUGCUGUCAAUAGUCCAAACACCACUGAAAUCAAAGGGGCUGUGCCCACUGAUGCCAGCUGAGGAGCUGCUCAGGUUCUUUAUGUAUUCUGAGCACUCGUCCACAAAUAGUGACCAGUAACUUCCAGGACUAGUGCAGCCUGCAUGGGGCAACCCCAGGAGCUGGGUGCCUGUUGCUCAGAACAGCAUUAAUUCAUUGUAUAACGGUAUCAGCUAAUUGUCGUGGUGCACAAGUAAAAGGGCAUCUUCCCACUCUCCCUUACACUUGUACACCAGGGUAGCCCUGGUGGCUUCGCUGGACUAGCUCAGAUUUACACCAGCGUAAGCAAGAGGAGACCCAUUGCAGCAGAGCAUAUAACAUAAUCACCAGUGCAAUGCAGAGAGGAGAGCAGUGAUCACCUUGUCACUUAACAGUCAUUGCAUGGAAAACUAUUGUAGAAGAUCACAGUCUAGCUGAGAUGGCAGGAGUUACCCACGAGGCUGGUCCCAUCUAGAGUGUAAAACAGCCGGGGAAGAGGGAGGAACUCACCAAUGCAGGGUUGUUCCAAAGGUGAGGCAUUGUUACAGCUGAAGGGAAGGGGAUGUUUGGUCCUAAAUGUGGCAGGACCGCAGCCACCCAUAGUGCAGUCCAUCUCUUGGGUCUGGGCAGCUCUGCCAGCAACAAUGGAUCAUGUCUGCUGGGGAGGUUACCUUCACUGGCCGUUCCUGGGAAACAUCCCAGAGAGGCUGAGGAGGGACAGCUUUUCCUUUCCUCCCCUAUGCUCUGUAUUCUGAAGGAAGCCUUUGUGGAGCCAGAGUCCUUGCAUUUUGAGAGCUCAGCUGGGCCUGCUCCUGAUUCCCUGCCGGAGAUCAGGCGUCAGCCGAUCUGUAGCAUCAAAAUCAUCUCUCCAGCAAGCAGCACAAUAGUUGGUGCUGACUUGGGGGAGUGGGGUGAAUGAUGCAAGAUUCUCUCUCAUGCUGUUGUCCUUAGUAACAAAUAAUGCUGCAAGAGAACUAAAGGAAACUUCCAGGGCAGGGUGACAAAUGAUUUGGAAUAUUUCCUAGGUUGUCUCUGGGGAGUGGAGGGAUGAAAGAUGGUUGAGGAGGCAAAGCCUGUCCUUCAGCCAUCACAGUAUUGCCAGCGCCUGAGCGACUGUCAAAGCGCAGCCCCUGUUGUGGGUUGGUGGCUGAGCUCACCGCAGAAGGGACCCGCCCAUGUUUGCCUCUGUCCUGUUGUAACCUGCAGCUCAGGGCAUGGAAAUGCAACACGAGGCCUUGGCAGAAAUCCUGAGUGAAGCAAGAGGCCAUACGGUCAGUCUGUGUGUGGCCUCCCUGGGGCUGGUGUGAGCCAAGGCCAGAGCCCAGAGGGGUGGGCAGGAAGGGGGUUGUAGUAUCAUUGUAUCUCUGGUUGCUGCACACAAAUAUUUUCCUUUGGAAUAGCUCUGGAUGCGCUUGUGCAGAGACCCCAUGUGGGAGAGUAUCAGAGAGCCCACAAACAACAUCCCGCAAGCUCCAUGUAGCGAACAGGCUGCAGGCAGUGCCCUCGUCUGGCAGGUUCAUGCAGGCAAUGGCGCGCUGUCCUGCAGGACACGAUGGGCUCCGUGUGCCUCAGGCUCACCCUGCCAGCCAGGGAGAUCUGAAGGCUCCAGGCCUGGAUGCUGGGCAGUGGUGAGUGCUGGGCAGAGCUGUGAGCUCCAAUCUACCCCUGCCCCCAGAGCAAUCUGGACCUGGGUUUACCAAGCGCUUGGAACAAAGUUCCUGGUUACCUGGGAACAAAUCAUCACUUCGUCUUGUGGGGGAGGAGCCAGUGGGAUUGGAAGGAGGAGUUAGGGGAUCCUCAUUGGGGGGGGGUCACUUCUCCCAGAUCCCAUCUGCAGCACCCUGCAAGGGGCUGAGAGAUGGAGCAGGGAAUUGGUGCUGCGUACCACCUCCUCCAGGGUGAAGGCCGGUGGCGCUCAGAUCCCCAGGCACUUUCUUGCAUUUCCUUUAUGCUUUGACUGGUCCUGCCACUGGGCAGAUUCUGAACUCCCUGUCCCCACCUGCCCCAUCAUCACUCCAGCCAUGCAGGCACCUGAGGUGCUACAGAGCUGGGUGAGGAGCCCUCCUUCAUUAAUGCUGCACAGCCCUUUGAGGUCCUGAGGAGUCUGCCUCUGCUGGGCCUGGCACUGGGAGCGACGGGUGGGAACAAACCUCAAGCUUUAAACUGUGUUGCUAGUUCAUGAGUUCAUUGCGAGUCUCACAAUAUCGGGUGUUUUUUUUUAAAGCCCCAGCUUCUGGAGUGCUGGGAUUCUGAGAGAAUCUGGGCUUUCCUAAAACCAAAACCAAAAACAAAGGUGCAAUUCCUAGCUCUUACCUGUGGAGAAGCAUUGUGACAGGUCACCCUAAAGCCAUGGAGGGAGACCUCAAACGCUGUGAAAGGAGAUCUCAAAGGUGCCCUGCUAGCAGGCAGAGACAGGCCGAGCACUGAGCAUUUAUUCUAAUCUGAGGAUUGCUGAGAGCCCAUUUCAUGAGCUUUGACCACUUGGGACUGGCCAUGCCACAGCAGCAGCUGGGACAGGUGAGCUCCCUCUGGGACCAUAGUGCCCACAGGAGUUGGGCAGGGAGGAUGGGGCACCAGCCCAGGGCGUGGGUAGCACAGGGCCCCCAAGCAGGCAUAAAGUGGGUCUGGUAGGAAAAAGGUUUUUAUUUUAUUAUUUUAAGGAAAGAAUUUCUAAGGGGUGAGGGCCGAGGGGACCAAUCUGGGCGGGGGGACGUGCAAUUCAGAGUAGCACCCCCCACCCCAAGCCAUUCUGACGUGUCCAUUAGAACUAUGCAAGGGGCUGCUGUGCUCUCCCAGGCUGGGUAAAGCUGGACAACAACAUUCGAUUAAACUUUUUUCCAUUGAAUAAUCGAAUGCUCCAGGGAAACGUGUUGGUUUCCACAGAAAUGCUGUUGGGGAGGUUUCUCAGGUCUAGGGUCUAGCUAGAUACGAAAGCGAGUGAGAGACCAACCCCAGAACAGCCCGUACCCCUCAUCUAGCAGCUGGGAUGGAGAAUCAGGCAGAACUGGGGUUUGAAAACAGCUGGUCCACAGCCCAAUCCAGCCCCUGACUGCCAUUUUCGAAGGGGCUCAUUUACAUUAGAAUUGGAAUGACACCAAUAUUUGCACCCUCCAAAUGCCUUGCAAAGCGGAGUGGUCUGGCCAGCCCAGUGUCUGAGGCUAAACAUGAAUCUGGCUUCUCUGGGGCUCAUCCUCUGGCACGGAGCUCACUGCAGCUCAAACCAGCUCCAAACUUCUCUCUGCCUUGGUCCAUUUCUCUUUGUAGCCUCUCCUUGCUUCACAGAGUACCACAGAGCACACUGGUGUUGAUGCACACAGCUAGGAAAGCAGAUGGAAGAGUGAAGCCAGGUUGCUCUACCUCAAAACCAUAGUAACGUCCAUGCCCCAGCUCCGUGCAUUGCCCAUCCGCUCUGGGAGCAAGUUGCCCUGGAGGAUGGAUCUGCAAGGAAGCCCAAAGGGGUGUCGGGAUAGCAGGGCUGAUGCAGCUUAUUAUUAUUUUAAAUAUUAUGCACCCGUGGGCCCUUCCCAGCCAGUGUUGUGCCGCAGGGAGGGGCCCUAGCCCAUCAGGCUCCCCAUGAACAAAUGAGCAGAUUGUCCCAGCCACCUUGCAAAUAGUGAUCCAUGUUCUCAGGGGGUGAAUUAUUGAGCACUCCCAGCUCUGGAACAUGGGCUUCUCCUGCAUGACUGCAGCACAGCUAAGCCCUCAUGCUUCCCCACCAGGGCCAGCUCCAGGCACCAGCGCGCCAAGCAAGUGCUUGGGGCGGCAUGCCGCGGGGGGUGCUCUUUC